AUGGGAGGGCGCUCCUUGCGAAAGUUCGCUCAGCUCCCCUUUGCUCCCAUGCGUUCUGUUCAUGUUUCCACUCCAUAUGUUGUGCCAAAUUUUGUGGCGCUGUGGUUAGCCCAUCGCCGUGCCCGCAGACAGGCCAGCUUUGUACAGAACCUGGCUCUGCGUCAGGAGCGUUUUUACGAGGUUGUAGUGUGCAAUCUAUCUGGAAGGCCACUGGUCCUCCAAGGGUGCCGAGAUCCAGCAGCACGAAAAUCGACUGCAGGAAGUUUUCUGCGGCUGGUGACAGAGAUCGCCCCGUUGGAAGGUGCAGCAGAUGGUGUUGAUGCUGUUGCGGAGCGCCUGCUCCUGCACAACCCCGUGACUCACCCCUCUCCGGCGGUUCAGGCACGGUUUCAGCACCACGGCAGCUGCGGGGAUCUUCUGGAGUUCUCCGUGACGUAUUUGACCACAGAAGGCACAUGCUUUAUGUCAUACAAGAUCAUCUCAUUCCUCGCCUUGCUUGCCACAAGCAUUGCUGGAUUUGAGACAUUUGUGAUGAUCAUGCAGGUUGCUCACAGGCCGCGUGUCUUGAUCAUAGCGACCGGUGGAACGAUUGACAAGGCGUAUCCUCGCGUGACAGGGGGUUGGGGCUUUGAGAUUGGAGAGCCAGCUGCCACUCGGAUUUUAGACCGCAUAUCUCCGGCAGGAUUCAGCUUCGAGGUCCAGAGCGUGUGCGCCAAAGAUUCACAGGAGAUCUCAGAGGCAGAUCGGCUGAGCAUCUUGAAAGCUUGCGAGGACUGGUCUGGUGAUCAGGUCAUCAUUACCCACGGCACGGACACUUUGAUAGAGACAGCGUGCUUUCUGGGCAAGCAUGCAGGAAAGCUGGCCACCAAGUGCAUUUGCCUGACGGGCGCAAUGCUUCCAGAGAAGUUCGUGGAUACAGACGCUCAUUUCAACAUGGGUGUUUGUUUCGGCGCAUUGAACACUGCGAUGCCUGGCAUUUAUGUGUGCAUGAAUGGUCGGGUCCGCGAGUGGACCUCUGUGGGACGUGAUUUGCGGUCUGGUGCAUUCGCUGAAGUUCAAGACUCUGCACAUUGA